AUCUGGGAUAACGAAUUAGAGGAUAUUGCACAAAGAUGGGCCAUUCAAUGCAAUUUUAGUCAUGAUAAAUGCAGAGAUGUAGACAGAUUUAUAGUUGGUCAGAACAUAGCCAAGGGAUACUCUUCGGACGAAGACACAUCUUUUAUAGAUAGUAUGAUUCAAAUGUGGUACGAUGAAGUAGCUGACUUUGACAAAAAUAAGGUUGAAAAAUAUGAAUUUGAUUCGAAUACAGGCCAUUAUACUCAAAUGGUCUGGGCUGAAACAACAAAAGUCGGUUGCGGACUAAUAACGUAUAAGGAAUCAAAUGACUGGAUUUCGAUAUACCUAGUUUGUAAUUAUGGUCCAAGUGGAAAUUGGAUCGGUGAGAAAAUAUAUGAAGUUAAAAAAUAAAUCCAAUUGAUAGAUUAAAGAUUUAAGAAGUAGUAAGACAAAAGAAAAUAGAAAAACAAAUAAAAAGCUGUAAUGUCUUAUUGGUAAAAAUAGUUAAAAGACAGUUGCCAAAAUAAUAUUCCUAUCCAAAAAAAGUGCAUGUAAAGUCGAUUACUCGCAUUUCUCGAAAUUUAUUGUUGUCACUUUUCCGCAGUACGAUUGGUUGUCUUGCUGCGCUUAUUUUGUGUAAGCAGCUAUCAUUGCAUUUUGACAGUUGUGUGUAUUGAGAUUAAUGUGUAAUUGUAAAUUAUAGUAAGAAGUGUUAAAUAGCGCACGAAGCGCGCACCUGUAGUGCUAGUAAUAUAAAAGAAAUAUUGUUUUUAAUAUUGUUCAAUAUCAAAUUUUUCUUCAAAUUUUCCUUGUUAAAAAUGGUUUUCCAACAUUGGACGAAAAAUGUCAAUAUACUAAUGUAAUUUUUCUAUUCUAAUGUA